UGCACCUGGACUCUCAUUAAGAAUGAAUGAGUUCAAUUCGCUGUCUUGUUGUUUGUGGUGUGAACGCAGGGUAAGAACAGAAGCAAUCGUCUGUAGGAUUAGGCAGCUGACAAGACCAACCAGAACUACUUGAUUCCAUCCUCUCCACCCAGUGGUGUGGGUGUUCUCAUAACUUGUUGAGUUACUCUUACAGUCAUUUCAGAUACUCUUCACAAACGCCGUGAACAGAACUGUCACAAUGGCUUUUUUCCAGAAACUAAUAAAAAAGUUCACUAAUGACAAGACAAGCGAUGAUCAAACGGGUAAGGAGCCUUCCAAAGGAAAAGCCCAGCCUUACUUUGGGACCAUCCAUCCUGACCCCAACUUCAAUGCCAGCAGAGAUGCUGCUGCUUUGCAGAAAGCCAUCGAAACCAAAGGUGUGGAUGAGAACGCCAUCACAGAGAUUCUAGCGAGACGGACGAAUGCCCAGAGACAGGAGAUCAAAGCAGCUUAUCAAAAAGACACUGGAAAAGAUCUUCCCAAAGCGUUGAAGUCAGCUCUGAGGAGCAGUUAUGAAGACGUGGUCUUAGCCCUGCUGAUGACCCCAGCCCAGUUUGAUGCCCAUGAGCUCAGAAAUGCCAUGAAGGGUUUGGGAACCAAAGAGAAGACCCUGUGUGAAAUUCUUGGGACCAGAUCAAACCAGGAGAUAAGGUUGAUUAAAGCGGCUUUUAAAGAAGCCUAUGGAGAGGAGCUGGAGCAUGAUAUGAAAGGGGACACAACUGGACAAUUUGAGACUGCACUGCUUAACCUAUGCAAGGCUUCCAGAAGUGAGGAUCCCAACAUUGAUGAUGGUCUGGCAAAAAGUGAUGCAAAGGCUCUGUUUGAAGCUGGGGAGAAAAAACUAGGAACAGUGUAUUCAGUCUUCAUUGACAUUCUUACAUCCAGGAGUGAAGCUCAGCUAUGCAAAAUUUUCAAGCAGUAUGAGAAGAUUGGCACUCAAGGCUUAAAUACUGUAGUAGAGGAUGAGCUACAUGGAAGUCUCGAGGAAUGCCUUAUGACCCUGGUGAAGGCAGCGUGGAACAAGCCUGCAUACUUUGCUGAACAGUUGCAUCUGGCCAUGAAGGGUGCUGGAACCAACUGCAACACCCUGAGCAGAAUUAUAGUGAGUCGCUCAGAGAAGGACCUGCAGAAAAUUAAACAGGAGUACAAAAGGAUGUAUGGAAAAACCCUUCAGGAGGCCAUUCUUGCAGAGACUAAGGGAGAUUACGAGAAGGUCCUGUUGCUGCUUUGUGGAGAAAACUAAACAGAGCCAUUUAAAUGCAAACCUCUACUGCAGGCUCAAUUAUGUAUCACUAAAUCACACUUAAAAGUUAUGGUUUUAUUACAGCAUCAUAAAAAAAUGAAAAUAAAAUAAAACAUGAGCAUAAGAAAAUGUAUAAGAAACUGUAACUGUUAGAUCCCUGAGAACCAGUGUCAUUGAUCGAAACUAGGCAUCUGGGUACAUCAUAUACUCUUUUGUAUUGUUUAAAGUUCAACUGAACUGUUAAAUAAAUUCUGAUUUUGCACUAUG